AUGCCCAGCAUAUUCGAGAAGAUGACAAAAACUGUGGUUAAAGAGUUGGAUAGUGGAGGAUCUAUGAUUGCUGCCAAAAGCAUUGUUAGUUCUGACAAGUUUCAGUACUUAUCUCUGGUGAUGGGAAGGAGGAGUUUCUGGGGACAGUGCUACUACAUCAGCACAGGCCUCACUCUGGAGGACAUACUGGAGAGUACGGAGAGUGACGUGACGGACUCUAGUGUACAAGGUCCAACAGUUAAACUGGAGUGUCAGGAUGACACAAAAUUAUCAGUGAAAUUACCCCUAAAAGUAAGAGUUGGAGCGGGCGUCCAACAGUCCCAGGUUCAAGAAAUCAGUGUAUGCCAACGUUUCAUGUCCCAGAAAGAUCUGGAUUCCCUUGACAACAGGAACCUGAAGGAGGAACUACCUGCUUCAUUCAAAUCAAUCCGUGACAUGAGAGGAGACCUGUAUUUGGUGUCAGGAAUUCUAAGGAAUGAAAAGGAGGAAACCCUGAAAAAAAACUUGAGAAGAACAUUUUUUUUCCAAGUACUGGCACCACCAGUUUCCAGCGAUGGUCGUGGUGAAGCCACAUAUAAAGACCAUCACGAAAGGUCAGUGACCAUCCCUGCCGACCGGGUCCUGGCUUACCAAGUGGAGCAGCUCUUUUUCCACAACGAGGGGAUUAUGAAUAUAUUUGUCCUGGACAAAAAAAACUCCUUCCCAGAGAAAGGUGGUAAUGCAGCUUGCACAGGAUGGUGGGUGUCUGGGAAGAAAGUGCUUCACGUUAACAGGAAAAUGUUGGAAGACAGGAGGAUACAGAGAGGGAGGUCUGGGACUUUGGAGGAUUCUGAAAACUUGGAGGAUUUUGGAAACUUUGAGAAGUUGAAGGAGAAGGUGGAGGACAUGGAGGAAAUCCUCGAGGAUCUGACUGAGAAGGAGAAACAAGCUUUGUUUGAUUGCCUCAAGAAGGAUGUGCAGCAGCUGCGGGAUCUGCAGCAAAGAGUGUCUGUGGUCCUGUGCUCUGGGGAGCUGCAGUUGGAGGAGGACACGGAGGACGACACAGUGGAUACUCUCAUGAUGUGCCUCUUUAAUAAUACUGGGGCCCUGGUAGAGAAACGCGCAGAAGCUGUCCUGAACUUUCUAGAAGCCUUGAUUGAGCUGUCUGAGGAUUUGCAGCUUGUGGAUGAGAUUCGAGAGGCGGGGACCUUGCCUCAGCUGAAGGACCAGGUGGAGUCUACUCUGAAGCAGAAUGGGGAUGAGCAGCCCCCCAAUGUGGACGAUGACCUUGAGACUCCCAACCUCCAUGCCCUUUAUGUCGUUGUCUCCAUCUUGCUGCUGCUGAGUGGGAAGCCUUCCUCUGAAUCUUCCUAACUGUGUUUGCUCUUUCUAUUCUCCCCACAAACUUCUGUGUGUCCCCCUCCCAGGUCCAUCCUCACUAUCCUCCACAAUGAUGUCCUUAAACAAUCAGCUUCUGUUCCUUGAUACACCCCACUCACUACAUGAUAAGAGCCCCAAAGCCUGGGCCACAUGCAAGGACUCCUGAUUAAAAGUGGUAGACUGAUCACGUUAACUUCCUCUCCCUCUUGAAACCUCACUGCAUGACAGUACAGCAAAAGGGAAGAUAUAAACCCAUAAGGAUCAAGAGAAAGAAGCAGCAGAUAAAGAUUGCAAAAGACCUUUGGAAAGUACCAAGUAAUAAAAAAAAGUUCAAGCUAGGAGGUGGGAGAUUGAGGGGGCCAGAGGAGUGUGACAGGGAGCUGCUGUUUUUCAAUGAUUUAUAAUGUUAUGUAACAAGGAAAUAUAUCAGAAAUGGGAAAUUUUAGUUAUGCUUAGUAUUUUUAGGACAAUGUAAUUAAAAGUAAAAAAAUAUGAUCAUUGUAAAUCACUUUAAAUAUUUCUCAAAGUGGCAGUAAAGGUGCCCUGUGAUCUCCCCUUCUCCCUCUGACAUCAUCACUGUCAACAUUUUUGGCGAAUAUUAACUUUUUCCUAUGUAUAUGUAUCAGUGUUUAAAAGAAUCAUUUAGGGCCUCCCUGGUGGCGCAGCGGUUGAGCGCUGAGUUGCGAAGCUGCCCGCAGCCUCUGCAGCACUGGUUCGAUCCCUGGCACCGGCCAGGGUCCCACAUGGCGCACAGACCUCUCCUGCCACCCACUGCUCCCUCAGGAGUGUGCUUCGUCAGUCUGCCUGUUCUGUUCCCCGCUCUGGCUCUGGUGAAUUCUCUCACACUCCUGCGCUUCUGACUGUA